AUGGCGGCGCGAUGCAGAGCCGGGUACCCCGAGCUGGGGGAACCAGCAGAACCUUCUGGAGAGAGAGAACCAGCGAAGCCCAGAAAACGCUGCCUCCACAGGGCUCACACGCAAACCCGCUACUCUCCGGGGUGGCCGCUCCCGGCCGCGUGCAGCGCGAACCUCCGCGCAAGCGCCAAGGCUGGGGCAGUUGGCCGACAUGCCACUGCGCAUGUGUACCAACUACAAGGGUUGGUGCUGGGGUUGAGGCUUUCGAUUAACACCGCAGCCAAAGAGGAAGGUAAUGCUGUGCCUCUUUGUCGAGCCAAACCCACCCCCAGCUUUAUUAACCUUCAAGCAAGUUCCCCACCAGCCACUUGCCUGAAAAUCCCGGCAACAAAGCUGUCCUCAGGAACUGACCACAAGCCCAAGGAAUGCCUAGGACUCCUAGAAUUGGGGUUUUCCAGAGGCUACAUGGAUGUGAUAUCACAACAGAUUGGAUACAGGCCCCUGAUCAACCAAGCCAUUCACCACUACCGUCCAGAACUCCAUGUAUACUCGACCUCAGGCCACUUCUGCCAUACAAAAAUUUUACUGUUCAGGAAUUGAUCACAGACCCCCAACAGGAUCGCAAGAAUUGCACCACUGAAGCAGAGCUGCUGUCAGGCCUUGGGAACUGAGACUACAUCUCAUCCAUCUUGGCAUCCUGAGAACAGAGCAUGAUUCUGCUCUGUUUGAUGGUGAUGGAACGUGGAGGAUAUUCCUCCAGAAUCUAGCCCGUAGCGUAGCACCUGGCACAUAGCAGGAAUGCAAACAAAAUGUAUUACGUGAGUGGAAAACAUUUUAAUUUGAUAUCACUGCCUUCUGACAAACUUUUUUCCCAAGGUAUUGUCAUUUUCAUUUUACAGAUGAAGAAACACAAGUAAUCUGAUUUUGGCAAUCUUUUACAUGGAAGUUGUUUUGGUGAGCCUCUGGGGACAGAAAGCCAUAUUUGAUUUUACCGUUGGCUGUAUGUAAACACAACAAUAUUUUGUAUGGUGCCACUGUGGCUGUGGUUUUUGGGGAAAAACGAGGUCUGGGAUUUUCCACCCCCAGAAAAUGGGUGCUGAGGAGUUCUCUAGUAUAGUUUCUUUUUCUAGUUUCAUACCAGACUGUUAGACAAAAAGGAAUCCACCUGUUCCACCUUACCUGUGAAAUUAGGCCAGAUCUCACGGUAAGCCUCACUUCCUCUGGGAAGCCUUCGCUGAUCACCCCCAGCAUGGGUUGGAUCCCCAUAGGACCUGUCUCCCCCACUAUCACCUUGGCAAUGCGAUUGCCUGCUGAUUCACUUGCGUCCCCCCCAGAUAGACCUCCCACCCCCACCCAGGGAUAUAUCUCGUUCCACUGUAUCUCCAGCCCCUAGCACCGUGUCUGGCACACAGUAGGUGCUCAAUAUAUGUUUGUUGAAUGAAUGAAGGCUCUGCCUUCUCCCAAAUCUCCUCUAUUCAAGAGUUGUUGUGUCACAGGGGCUGCUGGUCUGAUGGCCCUUUCUGAAUAUGCUUGUCCUAGGCCCCAGACUCUGCUGGUCACUGCCUCCAGCCGAUGACAGGAAAACACAUCAAGUCUGUGUCUGCCCCCUCCAUCCUUUCCUGUCCCCAGAGGCGCAUGUGCCCAUAGUAUGUUGGAGUCAGCAACCCAUUUGCCCUCUCUGCUCAGCCAAUCAGAACAAUAAUAACCAUAUCUGUUGACUGCUUAUGAAAAUGCCAAUGCUCUACAUCAAUUAUUUGUAAUCUUCGUAACACUUCCACAAAGGGAAUAUUAUUACUCCUAUAGAUAAGGAAACUGAGACUCAAAGAGAGCUCAACAAUUUGCUGAGGUCACACAGCAAAGAUGUAUUGAAUGAAGGAAGGAAUGAACAAA